AGAGAACUGCAUGGCCGCACACAUUCACAACCAACACACCAAAAGCGAUGGAAGUCUUUUCCGAGCUCGUGGACGCGAAGAUAGGAUAGAGGCCAAUUGUUCAGGCUUGUGAGGAAGACCGUGUGCCAACUUCCAGUAGCUGACGGUACGGCCUACUGCCGUGGUCGCGUCAGUAAACAUACAAAAAUAGUUUGAAAGUAAGUUUCAAAUAAUUCCUAAGAACAUUCACUAAAAUGGCGCUUGGCAGUAUUUGCUUGCUUUACGCUUGCCUAUCGGCAACCUUCAUUGCUGCUACUGCAAGCAGUAGAGAGCAUAAUGUGGUAGCUGUGGGUGAGGGCGGCGGCGGCAUCAAGUACCGCGCCGCCGCGUACGAACACGAGCCACACCAGGGAUUGCCAGUGAGCAGAUCCGGUGCGCUGGACAUCAUGAUGCAGAACCUUGCUGAUUUCGAGUCGGCCACAGAAGCCUUCAGCAGAGCAGGCACUGCGCAGAUUAUCGUGUUCCCUGAGGAUGGCAUCACGGGUCUGUUGGUAUCCAAGAUGGAGUUCUAUGCCGAGCCGAUGCCGAACCUUACGCGUAUCGUGAGGCAGCGGGUUGUUCCCUGCGCCGAGGCUGAGAGUGCGACCGCCACUCCUGUGCUGCGCCGCCUCAGCUGCAUGGCGAUCAAGUACGGCACGGUUGUCGUGGCAAACAUGGCCGAUAAGGACGUUGCCACGGGACACCUGUAUAAUACUGACGUGGCAUUUGACACCGACGGCCGCCUGCUGAUGAAGUAUCACAAGGAGCAUUUGUUUUUCGAGCAGCAGUUCACGCCGGGCUCGGCGCACCCAGAGCACGCGCCCGUGUUUCGCACCUCGUUCGGCGUCACGUUCGGCCUGUGCACGUGCUACGACAUCCUGUUCCCGGCGCCGUGCCAGCAGAACGUUCUGGCGCACGGCGCCACGGAGCUGGCGUUCCCCACGGCCUGGAUGAACGCCGGCCCGCUGCUGUACAGCACCGGCAUACAGCAGAGCUUCUCGGCCAUGCUAGGCGUGAACGUGAUCGCCGCCAACGCCCACUUGCCCGCGUUCAGGUUCACCGGCAGCGGCGUGUACGCAGCCGGGGGAAACCCCCUGCAGACCUACAUUGAGCGCGCCGGCGAUCCCAGCAUCAGCGCCAAGCUACUCUCGGCCGAUCUGGUCAGCGGUCAAGCUCGCCACAGUGCUGUUGCUGAACGACUGGAACCGCUACCAUUAGUAGCAAUGGACAGCACUACAGCGGAGAGGUUCAAGGCCGAAACGCCGUACAAGUACGAGUUCCUUUCGCGGCAUGCUAGCUCGUUGGAGGUGUGCGAAGGAGCGUUCUGCUGCUUGGUGACGUAUCAGUUUGACAACGCGACCAUUUCUUCUGGGUUGUUCGGCGAGCACUUUGCCCUGGGCGUGUUCAACGGAACGAAGCCCCGGCAACCGGUGACAUUCUGGGCGCAAACGUGCGCCGUCAUCAAGUGCUUUGACGGCCUCGUGUCGUCAUGUUCAAACUCGUCACCCACGGCGACCGUGCAGUCGCGCUUCACGCACCUCUCCGUGUCGGCGCGCUUUGACAAGUCGGUCGACGAGACGAGACUGUACCCGGUUGUCAUGACUUCCGGAGCGUCGCUUGUUGACAUGGCAACGGACGUGGCGGUGCGACGUGCGGCGGAGAACGUCUGGUCUCUACGCAUCAAGUCACCUCUUGCUGUGUCAGCUGUUGGGUUCUUUGCCCAUCCAGCCCUUACGGCCAGAUAGUAGAUGUGUAGAGAUUACGAACGGUUUGUAAUCUCUUGUGAUGUUUGUUGGCACUUUUUGAGAAGUACAUGUAUACGAUGAUCCUGUUUUAUGCCAAUUUUUAAUCUGUGUGUGUGCGUGUGUGUGUGUGUAUGUGUCUUGUAAAUGCAAUUUCCGCCGGCAGCAGGACCUAGCCAGACAUUCGCGAUCCUGCUUGUGAUCCGACUCUUGUUUUCCGGUCCCCUUUUCAUAGGGGUGACACUUGCCCAUCCGGGCAGUCAUGCUGCUAACAGUUAGCAGUAGUUGUAAUAGUGUGUGUGUUUGUGUGUGUGUGUGUGUGUGUGUGUGUGUGUCAGCUGGUUUUAAACUUUUAAUUGAUUAUACCAUCUCACAUUCCGGUAUGCUCUCUGCUCUACCUAGAUGAUGGCUAGAUUACCCACUAGGCAUUGAAUCUGAAUUGGUAGUGGAUUAUUAGUACAUGUACUUCGAAGUACUGCUGAGAGUGCGUGGCAUUCUCAUUCCAUGACGGUGCUCGCUUCAUUGAAUUUUGUUGUAUUUGAGUAGGGUUCCGAUUUACUUAUCACAUUCUUCCCUUUCAUGCAAUUAUUUUCACUACUUGAAUUGUGUUCUACUUCGAAGUAUUAGACCAUGACUGUUA